AUGUUUGGCACAAGGUCACCAGGGAAAGUUUACAAUUUUGUUCAUACUGAUGAGAUCUGGUAAAUAAUUUCUCCAAGGCGUUUUUUCAAAUACGUAUUUUAUCUUGAAACAAAUGUUCGUGUGUUUUGAUGUUUGCAAUUUUUCUUGUGUUUUAUUAUCCAGGAAAGAUCAUGUUAUUCGUGAGUUACAGUCACAAAAGAAGUGGACAGAACAAUGGGGAUAUUUGUUUGAUGAAUACCAAAAGGUAAAAAAUAUAUUUAUAGUGUCGAACUCAUUGCGGCUACACACGUAAAAACGCAGUUGUUACAAAUCUGUUCACAAGCUGUCGCAAUACUUGUUCCCAGUUGUUGAAACAAAUUUGCAACAAGCUGUUAACAACUUGUAACAAGUUUGAUUGCAUUAUCAGACUUGUUACAAGGUUGUCCUAACAAGUCUGACACACUCAUGAUAUAACAAGAAUGUUACAAGGAUGACGACACAAGGUUGUAACAAUAUUGUUAUAUCAUGACUGUAUCGGACUUGUUAGAACAAACUUGCAACAAGUCUGAUAAUACCAACAAGGUUGUUACAACUGUUAACAAGUUGUUCCAUACUUGUUGACAACUUGAAGAAAUAGUUCAUUUUAUAACUCGCCUGCAUGCCAGAUGAUUUUGAUACGCGGAAAAGUACUGGCACUAGUUGUCAAAUAGAAAUCCAUUUUAUGAUUGAAACAACUGAAUAUCUCCUGUAAUAUAGUUUAUUUCGAUUUCAUAUUUUUGUCAGAGCUAUAGUUCUCAUAACCAAACAUAAUUACAAAAUUUCAACUAGUUUCAUAAAAAAUAACGAAAGAUAUAAUUGACUGAAUACAUCAAAAUGGUUUCUAUUAGGACAACCCUUUCUGAGCGCUGAUUGGCUAAAAUACGAACACGAGAUCACCUGGUGUGCAUGGUCGUGUUGAUGGGUAACUCCUAUUCUCCGCUUCGCACCAUAUCUGCGUAAUUCUUGUACACUGCAAUUAAUUUCGAAUUUCAUUUUUAGCUUCAAGAAAACCUGUUAAACAUAGGAAGUGAACUCGAAGACGAACUUGAAGCGAAACUCGCAUUAGAACUGGAACAAAACAUGGAACAAAACUUGGACGAGAAUCUGGAGUGCAGUUUAUUAAAACAGGACGAGUGUGAAGGCAACGCCCUGGCUGAAGGUUUGGCAGAUUGUACGGUGAAAAAGGACAUCACAAGUCACAUAGCAAGACUACAGGAGAAUGCCAAAGGAAAAAAUGAUAUUUUGAAAUUGUUAAAAUGGCCUUGUGAAGGAAUGAUUUAA